AUGGAGCGCACAGGAAAGAUCUUCUUCUAUGAGGACAAGAACUUCCAUGGUAAUCACUACGAAUGUGGCAGCGACUGUCCUGAGCUCAGCUCCCACUUCAUCCGCUGUAAUUCCAUCCGGGUGGAGAGCGGGGUCUGGGUCAUUUAUGAGAAACCCCAGUACAUGGGCUACCAGUAUGUCCUCAUGAGAGGGGAGUACCCAAACUACCAGAGCUGGAAUGGCUUCGGUGACACCAUCCGCUCCUGUCGCCUCAUCAGACACUCUUCCAGCAGGCACAGGAUCCGCAUCUACGAACAUCCAGACUUCAGUGGUCAGAUGAUUGAGUUUAGUGAGGACAUGCCCAACCUGCUGGACCGCUGGCGCUACCGUGAUGUUAAUUCUACUCACAUCCAGGACGGUACUUGGGUCUUCUACGAGUAUCCAAACUACAGGGGACGCCAGUACCUGCUGGAGAAGGGAGAAUACAGACGGCACGCAGAUUGGGGGGCCUUUGAUCCGUCUGUAGGCUCCAUUAGACGUGCUGUGGACUUCUAG